AUGGCCAUGUCUGAGCUUUCAACCCCCAAAACGACGUCGCCUUUCCUCCGCUCUUCGUCUCAGCUUCGCCUCUCCUCCAAGUUGCAUCUUUCAAACCAGUUUCGCCAUCUUCUUCUUCCUCCACCUCUCCACACAACUUCCAUCUCCAAAUCUCUUGCUCUGUUUUCUCAGAAUAGCCAAGCACCUGUCGCGGUUCAAGAAAAUGGGUCGGUGAAGACGAAGAAAGAGUGUUAUGGAGUGUUCUGCCUCACCUAUGACCUCAAAGCUCUUGCUUCAGGUUCAGUGUUAGGACCAAACCAGCCCAUUGCUUUGAAACUUCUUGGAUCAGAGAGAUCAAUCCAAGCCGUCGAAGGUGUUGCAAUGGAGCUGGAGGAUUCCUUGUUCCCCUUGUUGAGAGAAGUUGAUAUAGGAACAUAUCCAUAUGAAGUGUUUCAAGAUGUGGACUGGGCUCUUCUGAUUGGUGCAAAGCCUCGAGGACCUGGAAUGGAACGUGCUGCUUUGUUCUGA